AUGGAAGCAAGCUCGGCGAAACUGCUCGAACGGUUUCAUCGAGAACUACACGAAAGGAGCAGAAUAGAAGAUUACGAACCGUUCGGUGUAGAUAACUAGUUAGCCAGACCAAGACUCAAUGUCAAUAGGCUAAAUGCACAGCAAAUUAGUAGUGAGUCAGUGUAGUGUAGAUGGCGACGAAGCCGAGGCAUCCUAUCCUAUGCCUAUCCUAAGAUGUAGUAUCCGAUCCUAUCCUAUCCUAAGAUGUGGUAUCCUAUCCUAAGUAGAUGUAGUAUCCUAUCCUAAGAUGUAGAAAGAAAUGUUGCACAAGUAAGUAGCUUCUUCGCGGGGGCGCCUAUCAUAUUGUUGAGAACGGAAUGCUGAUCUUUCUAAUUCAAGCGCUACCUGGCUGAGCGACGUCAACUCGAAUUGGAAAAGGACGCGCUUAAGGAAGAGAAAGAAAAGUUGGUCGGACUUGUCCGAAAGCUGAAAUUUAAGGUCGUGGAAAUCCACAAGUUCCUGUAAUCAGACCGUCUUCUAUACCCCACGAAUGGGUAGUACCCUACUACUACUACUACUACACCACGUUCGACCGAAGAGGGGACCGCACCUACUUAGAGCUAGAAAGGCCUUCGCACUGAAAUUUAAGCUCGUUGAUAUCCACAAGUUCUUUCUCUUCAGGGGAGAGGUACUUAUAAAUAUAUUGUCAGAUACUCAUCUUCCUGCGAACAACAAGCUCUAAUAAACGCAGAAUGUCAAAUCUGGUUGGUGAAGAUAAGAUGCAAGUUGAAGGUACGGAGCCUUGUUCAGAGGAGGAAACGCAAGCUGAGGAGCAAACUACAACUAUCGAGCAGGCUUGUGACGAACAUAUUCAAGAAUCAAAGGAGCACACGAGUUCCCUCAACAUGCUCGAGGUACCAGGAGGAUACCAGGAGAAUAAGAAGACGUUUAGUAGUUGUGAAGAUGGAACCAAGUCGUGCAAAUCAAUGAUAGACGGCCAAAGUACUACUGUAGUUGAUCAUGUGGGGGACAGCUGGUCAAAAACGACUGAUUAUUUGAGGAUCCACGAAGACGACAUUCGUGGCGAUCUGGGAUGUGAAUGCGACAAAGCUGACCACCUGCCUAGAUGUACGGCGGCUUCUUCUAGCAGUAGGAGACCAGUGUCAUCACACGAGACGAAUGCACCAACUUCCUCUCUCGACAACGCACACAACAAUUAUGAUGUGGACAUGGAGUCGCCAUCUUCGACCGCCAUAGCUGAGGAGAUCCUUUCCAGGAAAGAGGAAAUAGAAAGAAGAUCUUUCUGUGGGGCCUAUCUUCAUGAAAUGGAGACGAGCUGCAAGCAUCCAUCUAGUCGUGCUGGUCCCGGUGGCUUCACAGACAAGGAUGAUUAAGGGUGUAGGAAAUCCAUCCCGAAAGUCAUCUGGAAUGAGAAAACAAGAAGAAAAAACGACCCAGGUGAUUCCUUGGAUGGAUGUCCUACGCCACUAAGUAGAUGACAAGGAUCUACAACUAGACCGAACAUCUGGAGCAUCUCAUUCCUGUGGAAAAGGACAAGGGAUACGUCAUUCGACACACGAGUACCAUGGCAGGCGAUUUGCAGUUGUAGAAGUGGUGAGUUCGAAACUGCGAAGUAAGUCGGCGGAUUGGACAAUCCAAAACAACACUAUUGUUAAGGCUCCUCACAUCAUGGAAUCUUUUUCUUUUAACAACACUAUGCUUGCUUCAAACUUGACUUCCCUGGACCAGCUUCGACACCUACAUACACAGUGAACCUACUACAAGGGUGAUUGUUUGCCUAAUUCUACAAACGUCAUAAUUAAAGAUCACAUUACGAUCAUGAUCACCUAUGACUUACGCGGCCAUUCUGAAGGACUCACCCUUCUAAGGGCUACAACAACGGAGAAAGCUCAAGUGGCAACAUCCCUGGAGUCUCCGAAGCAGACUUUUUUAUGGAAACAGACACCUUUUGAUAAUUCCUUUUGAUAAUGAACCCGAACAUCGAAUUGAUGAGUCAAAAGUACGUAGGACCUUAGGAUUCAUCAAGAAUGCCUGCAGACUCCUCCUCAUCGUUAGCUGGUAAGGACGCGUCUAGCAUCUUCUAAGUUUUCCUUACAGACUCGGAUUCGCGACUUGAUGCUGCAGCAGGGUAACUUGAUACGCUCGCUUCGGGCUGAGGUGGAAACCAAAAAUAGAGAACUACAACUCGUGAGAACGAAUCUGGAGUCACAUCCUUCUAGGCUAUAGAGGCGGAGGACGACGAGUCAAUACAGCCUGAAGCUAAUUGGGAACAAAGACCAUUCGGGGUACAAAGACCAAGAAGAACAAAUGGAAAUGGAUAUUGCUUGAAGACAAGGCGGUCGAUAAGAGUUUUAUCCCAUUGCUUUGCGUUAUCUUGCAACCUCUCUCGCUAUCAAAUACUAGAUACUUAUGUUUGUGUUUCGUUCGUCUCGAGUAGGUAGUUGGGAAAAACUACUAAAGAGGCGUCACAAUGAUGGAAAAACUUCUUGGGGGCCUUCAACUGUACUAUAGGCAGCGACCACCACAAGGCUGUUUCGAAAUCAGGCACAAGUACUUAGUGACAGACACAACUACAACGCAAAAGAACUUGCAAGACGCAUGAUUUUGGAC